CACACCGUCAUUGACCCCCCUCCGUCUCUGACAGACAACUGACCGCCGUCCCCGUCACUGUCACUGUCACCCAGCAGCGCCCCGCACGCCCCCCUCGGCCCAACUCAAAAUGUCGCAGCUCACAGAAAGCGUCACCGCGUGCUUCCCCGGCAGCGCCGGCGGUGCGUCGUCCUCGCUGCCGCAGUACGCCAGCGAUGCGCAGGCGACCCGCCCCAGCUCGCGGCCCCAGAACCGCCAGUUCACCUGGGUCAGGCUCAUCCGGAGCUACUGGUACGACUGGCUCCUGAUCCUUGGCCUCUGGCUCUUCCUCGCCGUGCUCCACCGCUCGCCGGGCCACAAGCGCGAGUUCUCGCUCACCGACGUGUCGAUCCAGCACACGUUUGCCGAGCAUGAGCGCGUGCCCAGCUUCCUCCUCGCCGUCAUCUCGGCCGGCAUCCCUGCCACGCUCCUCUUCCUCAUCUCGACCCUCAUCGCCCGCAACGCAUGGGACGUGCACAACGCGCUCGUGGGCCUCGGCGUGUCCUGGACCAUGUCCGGCGUCGUGACUCAGAUCAUCAAGAUGAUGGUCGGCCGUCCCCGCCCCGACUUGAUCGCCCGCUGCCUCCCCAAGGCGGGCUCGGUCGACGCUUCGCCCUUCGGUCUGUCCACCGUCGAGAUCUGCACCCAGACCAACCUGUUCAAGCUCAACGACGGCUUCAAGUCCUUCCCUAGCGGUCACUCGUCUCUCUCGUUUGCCGGCCUCGGUUUCCUGACCUUCUACCUCGCCGGCAAGCUUCACCUCUGGGACGAGUACGGCCACCGCAACCGCGCGUGGUUCGCCCUCUCGCCCCUCCUCCUCGGCGCCACGGUCGCCAUCAGCCGCACGAUGGACAACCGCCACCACUGGCAGGAUGUGCUCGUCGGCUCGGCGCUCGGCCUGGCCAUCUCGCACGUCGCCUACAGGACCUACUACCCCAACCUCAAGCACGUUGCGAGCCACCUGCCCCUCCUCCCCCGCCCGGGAAGGAACGAGCCCGACGAGUCGUACGACACCGACCUCGCUACCAGCCCCCGCGUCCGCCUUCUCCCCGAGGAUGCUGGCGUGCCCCGUGCCAGCGAGGAGCAGGACGCUUGGCGCCAGUAGACGCCGGCUAGCCAGCCCAUGGCCGUGCCGAAUUGCGCGGCCACCAAAACGGACAAAAACGACCAUGUCCUUGUUGGGCAUCUUGCAGCCUGAUACUAUGUAGGCGUGGUCUCGUAUGCACAAUCACACG